UGACGAUGACGGUGACGACACCAGACACCUGACAUCUGCCAGACGCGUCUGCUCUAUCGGACUACGCUAUGAUGGCUGAUAUGACGAUGAUGGACGGCAGCGGCAGCGGCAGCGGCAGCGGCAGCGCCCAGCAACACCAACAACAGCCUGAUGACAUGCGCGAUGGACCGCCGCCGGCCAAGCGGUAAGACAGCCGAGAGCGAGCCUGCCUGAAUGAAGCGCCUCCCACUGACUCUGGAGUCCGAUACAUGCAGGCAGAGGGUAUCCGAAGCAUGUGGACCUUGCAGAUCUCGCAAGACGCGAUGCGAUGGCCGACAGCCGGUCUGCAUAGCAUGCACGUCCCACGGUCCGAUUGAUGCCAAGACUGGCCGCUGACGUCAGCAGGCGAGACCAGAGGCGUGGCAUCGACGUGCAACUACGAUUACGUUCGAAGACAGCGCCGCAGUCGCCUUUCGCACUCUGCUCCGCAGCCCACCACCCGUCCCGAAAGCACCACAUUCCGACCUGCCGAUCCCGAGCGCAAUGCCGCUCAAGCAUUGAGCGACCUUGGUAUUGCCCGACCACGGCCAUCGAAUGAUACCGAUCGCCGGCCAAGUAGUGCAGCGCAAGCAGCAACCCCCUCCAUAAAUGGCUUUCACGCGUCUUCAGGCGCGGCAAGUGCUGGACGAACACCCGGCGAUUGGCCCGCAGCCAAAGCAGAUGGCCUCGCUACUAUUGCUUCUGGAAACGACCGCUGCAUGUAUGGUCCAUCAUCAACCGUAGCAUUCUUACGCCAUGUCAUGCCCAAGCAAGGCACGGCAACGCCGCCUGAUUCCGGUGCCCUCGACAGUAGGAGUAUCAAUUCUGAGCCAAGGCCUCGUAGCGCUGCUCCACUGCCGGAGCGCGUCCUUCCACGAAACGACGGCCUUGCUGUUCUACCCAGACGACGUCAAGCCGACAACUUCCUGCUGUGCUAUUGGGAGUUCAUCCAUCCUCUCUUUCCUGUCCUCCACAAGCCCACAUUCACGCGCAAAUACGAGGCGCUAUGGCUUGACAGUGAGAUGAUUCAGCGAGAGCACGACACAGAGGCAGAAGAAGCUGCUUUCAUGUCUACGCUGAAUCUCGUCUUCGCAAUCGGCUGCAAAUUCAGUGGCCUCGUUGAGCCUGCUCAGAAGCAGAGUGUCGCCGAAGACUUCUUCCAAAAGUCACGCCAAGCAUAUCCCUUCGAUGUGCUGGAUUCCAACUCGAUUUCCGUUGUUCAAAUGCUGGUCCUGACUGGGGUCUAUUUGCAAUCCACGCAACAUGCGAGCCGGUGCUGGAACUCAAUUGGACUUGCUAUUCGAAUGGCUCAGUGUCUUGGCUUGCAUGUGGACCACAACGGCCGGCAUAGCAUGUCGCAGGUUGAACUGCAGAUGAGGCGCCGAAUAUGGCAUACUUGCGUCAGCCUCGAUCGGUGCGCCAUCCUUCUCAAACGUAGUGUUCAUUACUGA